AUGUGGAGAUAUCUAGUUAUAGUGCAAGUAAUUGCAUUUUACACUUGUGCAGUUAGCGGUUUAGGUUCAUUGUCGCAACAAUUGACCGAUACGACACAGCUCUGUUGUAACCAAGGAACGACGUACGCGAGGAACCACACUUCAGAUGACUGCUCCUCGUCCAUUCCACCAGAUGUACCAUCGGCGUUUGGAACAUUAUGCAUUUUUGCCAUGGACCAAUGCUGUAAAGAAUAUUUUCAGAAGAAGAGGGAUUGUGAAAAGGGAGUUGAUAUAGCGAAGAGUCAUAACUACUCGUGUUCGUCAGCAUCGGAUUCUUCUAAGAAUUGCUGCGAACAAUGUGCUGCGGGCGCGUCGGUCGGCAGUGCGCAUGCAUGCUACGUAGCUGUCGACGGCAAAAGUGCCGAGCAGUUAUUAGCUACGGACGCGUUUUCGGAGUGUUGUAAGGAGGAAGCUGAAAAGAAAAAAGAUAAGCGACCAACGCAGCCACCUGUAUCAGUUUUCAAGAAAGACGAGGAAGUAUAUUCAGUGUGCGAGGAAUAUGCUCCCAAUGAAUUGUGUGCUCACCACUGCAUACCUAUUCCCGGUUCUUACAAGUGCGAAUGUAAUCCCGGAUUCAUGCUCAUGUCUGACGGGAGAAAUUGUAAAGAGGUGACAAAAAACAGGUGUAAGCCACAUAACCCUUGCCAGCAUAAAUGCAAUGACAACGGAGUUCAAGUCAAGUGCUCCUGCAGACGUGGGUACCGGCUGUUGGACGACGGGAAAUCUUGUGAAGAUAUUGACGAGUGCUUGCUGGAUCCACCAGUGUGUUUACCAAACACGCAAUGCCACAAUAUUUUGGGCUCCUACAAAUGUAUACCAACCAAGCACCCAAAAUCCCACGACGUGGGAAAGUGUCCACCGGGUUUUUCCAGAAAUUUCGCGAAUAACGCUUGUGAUGAUAUAAAUGAAUGCGCACUUCCAAACCCUCCAUGUCCAUUAUAUCUCUGCGAGAAUACAAUCGGUGGCUACAAAUGUGGUGGGGUUUCUGGUGAUCCAAGUAAUUUGUCGAACAAACGACCUCCUGAGGAUAGAUGUCCGCCUGGUUUCAUUAUGGACUCCAAUGAGGAGUGUAACGAUGUUGACGAAUGUGAUGCAAAUAAGGAUGACUGCAAUAAAAUGUCCCAGUUCUGUAUCAAUACGCGUGGAUCAUUCUACUGCCAAGAUAAAGUGUCCAAACAUUGUCCACCUGGAUUUAAAACCAACCCAAGAACUAAUAAGUGUGAAGAUAUAGACGAAUGUGAAGAUGGCCAGGAUAUAUGCAGACCUGAUCAGAUCUGUGUGAACGUGCCAGGAGAAUAUGACUGUAAGCCAAGACACAGUAUAACGUCAGCUGUGUGUCCUGAUGGAAUGAGAAUAGACCCCCACAGGAGAACUUGUGAAGAUAUAGACGAAUGUGUGGAAGGCACCCAUCUGUGUGACCAGUAUCAAAGCUGUUUAAAUACAAAUGGGAGCCACGAAUGCCGAUGUAAGUUAGGGUUCGAGCUGGAUCAUACAACCGGAGCAUGUGUUGAUAUCAAUGAAUGCGCAACCGAUCAAAACGACUGCAUUCCGCUGUCUCAACGUUGUGACAAUACUGUCGGGUCAUACCUCUGCAUUCGUUUUAUUUCCUGCGGGACUGGAUAUAUUCUGCACCAUUCUUCAAGCACUUGUGAAGAUAUUGACGAAUGUGCUAUUGGAACACAUAACUGCGACCGUGCAGGGCCCGAAUAUCAUUGUGUUAACAUACCUGGCUCGUUCAGGUGUCAGAGAAAGCCCAAGGCUACCACUCAGGCCACACCUACGCCGACUCCCAAUCCAGACUAUGAAUAUAUCUAUUAUGAUUCUGAAGAAGAAAUAGAAGAAGAGAAAAAUACAACCACCUCAACUACGACAACUCAACCAGAGACAACUAAAAUCACCACACGAGUAACUGAAGAGCAACCUGAUCUAAAAGAAAAUACAAUUGAAACAGAUAACAAGUCAACUGAAAAAACCAAAACAGAACCAACAAAUAGAGAUUUAUACAACAUUGAUAACGAAAACAAAAUUGAACCAAAACCAGAAAUUGAAAAUCUACCGGAACCUACAGAACCACCGAAUACAUCACCUAAAAUAGUCGAUGUUGAAAUCGGUGAAGAAACAGCUAUCGUGAAAGGUGAGAAAAAAGGUGACGGAUCUGUCGAAAUAAAUACAGGUGAUAUACCUAAAAACGAAUGGACAAAGAUACACGAGAAACCGUCUAAUUGUCAACCUGGCUUUGAAUCAGAUGGAGCUGGGACAUGUUAUGAUAUUGACGAAUGUGCUAUCAACAGACACACAUGUUCAGGCUUGACAGAGACAUGUAGAAACACGAUGGGUGGAUAUUUAUGUGAGUGCGCGCAUGGGUUCAGAAGAGAUUUAAUAACGGGGGCUUGUGUUCACAUUGAAACACCUACAUCGACGAACAAACCUUUAAUAGUACCACCGAUACCUCUAGACGUUCCCACAACACCGUUGCCAGUUCCAAGCACUCCUGCAACAACACCAAAAGUAACAACUUCUUCUGAGACACCUUCAUUACUGACUACCCCAUCUACGACUCCAAAAACCUCAACAAUAUCUUCUACAUAUACCUAUCCCACAACUCUGUCAACCGAGUUGACAACUGUAUCAAUACCAGAAACCUCACCUUCAACGGAACCAUCAACCACUUCUACAACAACUACAAGUUCAAUUCCAUCUUCGUCGUCAACUAGAAAAUACUUUUGGGGUUAUCCAGAUUACCAACGAUUCAAUAGACGGCCUUUUAAAGCUAUGACAACUUGUGACUCCGGAUAUCAUUACAAUUCGCAAACCGGCCAGUGUGAAGAUGUAAAUGAAUGUACGAAUGGUAAAGCAAAUUGCGCUUCUGUGGAGAUCUGCGUCAAUACUGAAGGAGGUUACCGUUGUGAGUGUCCUCCCAACUGGCGGCUGGAUCCAGAUCGGCAUAGGUGUUUGCCUCUCAGAAGUAGCGAGAGAUUUCCAGCAGGAUAUGGAAAUAGGCCACGGCCUGUUUAUAUCGACCCUCAAGAAAUAAUUCCUGAAACGAGCGGCAGUGCAGAAGUUGCAGAACCAGAAGUAACUGAACUGGAGCGGGGCGGCUCUGUGUACAAGUGCCCGUGGGGUAUACGGCUCGCUGAUGAUAAUACGUGCAAAGAUAUAGACGAAUGCGCGACCGGUGAAGCCAAGUGCGGUCCCCUUCAGAUCUGCACAAACCUUCCCAAAGGUUUCAUUUGCAGUUGCCCCAAGGGUCAUAAGCUAGUUGGUGAUCACGAGUGCGAAGAUAUCGAUGAGUGUGACCUUAGCGGCAGUGUGCCUAUUUGCUCUCAAAACGCUGACUGCAUCAAUACGGUUGGAUCUUACAAAUGUCAGUGCCAUGAAGGCUUUCAAACUGCGCCUAUAAAUCAACAGGUGUGUGUAGACGUGGACGAAUGCGUAGAAUCUCCUUCUGGAUCUCUGUGUGAGCAACGUUGCAACAAUGUGUGGGGGGGAUACCGCUGCUCUUGCCAUAGAGGGUAUCGACUCAAUUCAGAUAACAGAACAUGUUCAGAUGUAGACGAAUGUACAGAGUUCAAAUCGAAGAAUUUGUGCGUGGGCCGCUGUGCGAACGAGCCGGGCAGCUAUCGCUGUUUCUGCCCCUCUGGGUACAGACUGUCUGAAGACAAACGCAGUUGUAUUGAUAUCGAUGAAUGCGAAACGGGUGCUGCGCCGUGCGCGAAUGGUGGUAAAUAUGAAGGGGCAACCGAUGUCUGCCUCAACACCAGAGGGGGAUACAGAUGCCACCGUAUUACUUGCCCCACUGGAUAUCGCCUGGAAAGCAAGCAUCGCUGCACCAAAAUCCAGACGUACUGCCCUCCUUCAGAUUGGGAGUGUGCCCACCAGCCCAGUACUUACUCUUACAAUUUCAUCACUUUUGCGUCCAAACUUUAUAUACCAGAAGCCAAGGUUGAUCUGUUCACAAUGCGAGGUCCUAACUGGCCAUACGCAAAAAUGCGAUUUAAGUUGCGACUGGUCGACGUCAAUGCCCCGCCCUCGGUUAGCGAAAAGGCUGAUAUAAACUCAUUUUUACUGACACAAACAAGUAACCAAGCGGUCAUUUCGCUAGUCCGCUCUCUGGAAGGGCCACAGAGUAUAGAGCUAGAGUUGUCUAUGGAGUUGUACAGUCGCGGCCAGUUUGGAGGGAUAGCUGUUGCCAAGAUUUACAUUUAUGUCUCCGAGUAUGAGUUUUAG